AUGACGAACGAAAGUACUUUAAGAAGAAUACAAAUCGUUUCUUCUCAUCUCUUGAUUCCAACCGAUCAGAAGCAACAACAACAACAACCAUUACGGAAUGUAUGCAAUCAGGAAACAGACAGCAACAACAAGGUUCUGGAUUCCUUGAACGCAAUGCAUUUAAAUCCAUGUUCGGGAGAAUAUUCUGGCGGAAUGGAUUUACCAUCUCAUGAAAGUCUUCGUCGGUACCAUCUUCAACUCAAGAGACAAGAUAUUCCUCUUCUUCCCAACACUAAAUCUCUCAAAGAGUUGAAAGCCUUCUACGCUCGUGAUUCAAAUUCACUUUCUUCUCGCCUUUUACAAUCCAUGGAAGCCCCACUCUUUUCCAAAGGCUUUACUCAGACACGAGAAGGAGUAUGGCGUGUACUCGCUCAAGAACAGUCGUACUAUGUCGAUAAUGAAUGGUCUGUUCAUCAAUAUCGACAACAAUUGGAUAUGCAAUUUCGUGAAUUUAUGAAACACAAACUUCUCUCGACAGAAUUGAUGAAUGAGAAUAUUUAUGCCUUUCUUGGAGCAGCUGAAGCUGCAUUGAGUUAUGAUGUUUCAUUUGCUGCCAAAUUGGUGGUGAGUUUGCAAUUGUAUGGAACUUGUAUUUACCGAUUGGGAACUGAGAAACAUCGUCACUUGUUGAUGGAUUUGAAUCGUGCUCAAGACAUUGGAUGUUUCAUGAUGACUGAGAUUGCACACGGAUCGAACGUGAGAGGAAUUGAAACUACGGCAACUUUUGAUCCCAAUACGAAGGAGUUUGUCAUUCAUUCACCAACCAAGUCUUCGUACAAGUAUUGGAUUGGAAAUUCAGCAGUUUAUGGAACCAAAGCAUGUGUAUUCGCUCAAUUAAUUGUGAACAAUGAAAAUAAGGGAGUUCAUGUGUUUGUAGUUCCAAUUCGAGAUCCAUUGACUCUUGAAUUGUAUGAUGGAAUUCAAAUCAAAGAUAUUGGAGUGAAACAAGGAUGGAAUGCAGUGGACAAUGGAUGUAUUGCCUUUGAGAAGGUGAGAGUUCCAUUGGAUUCAUUGUUGAAUCGAUAUGGUGAAGUCACUCCUGAUGGAAAGUAUGUGAGUGCCAUUAAGGAUGAGGGAGCUAGAUUUGGUGUCACACUCUCUGCACUCUCGAUGGGUCGAUUGUUGUACAUUGCUGGACCAACGUUUGCAUUGAAAGCUGGAUUAACAACUGCCAUUCGUUACGCUCAUCAACGAAGACAAUUUGGAAACAAGGACAACAAGGAAAAUUUAAUUUGGGAAUAUCCCACUCAUCAUGAUUUAAUUUUACCCAUGCUCGCCAACACGUUUGCCUUCUUUUCUGGUUUUACUACUCUCUCGGAUGAUUACACAAAAAGCAUCAAAGACCAUGCUGCUGCUGAAGAUUUUCAUGCCAUUGUUUCAGGUGUGAAGGCUUACACUUGUGAAUAUGCAACACCAGCAUUACGUGAAUUAAGAGUGGCAUGUGGAGGACAUGGUUAUUCCAAUAAUAAUAGAAUUGGAAUUUUAAUGAAUGAUAUGUGUGUGUUUGGAACUGCUGAAGGUGACUCGAUUGUCUUGUAUCAACAAUUAGCCAAGUACUUGUUCGAAAAAGCCAAGAAGAAAUCUGCUUCUUCUCCAGUAUUGAAGGAAAUUUUCACAGCAGAGAACAAGAGUAAGAUUACAAAUGCAACCAGUGAUAUUUUGAAGUUGGAUGUUCAAAAGAAGGCAUUGGCAUUUCGAGUGAAGAAAUUAUUGGAAGAAUGUCAAUCUCAAAUUGGAUCUUAUUUGAAACAACAAAAAGAUUUCCAAACAGCAUGGAAUUUGAGUUUGGUCAAAAUUAUUGAACUUGCAAGAAGUUAUGUCGAAUUGGAAUUACUCUUUAGAAUUCAAGAAGGUUUAUUGAAGAAUGCAGUGGAUCAAGAAACUCGUGACAUUUUCAAAACCAUCUCUGAUAUUUAUGCUGUGAGCGUGUUGAGACAAAACCUCUCCUUCUAUUUGAUUCAUCAAUACUUUGACAUCGAAACUGCACAAGUUAUCAUGGAUAAGACUCUUCCAGCGCUUUAUCAAAAAGUGAAAUCUUUGACUUUGGACAUUGUGGAAGCUUUCAACAUUCCGGAUUUUCUGUUGAGAGCUCCAAUUGGCAUUCAUAAUCAAAAUUAUGUGGAUAAUACCUUGCAAAGCAUUGGAUUUUAUUGA